UUUGGUAGGAGAGAAUCAGAUGGCAGCAACUGUAAAAGGCGCUGUUACACAGCUGAUAUACGCAAUAUAUGCAUUUCAUGUUGUUGUCGAAUUAAAGUCGUAGGCGGAGAAAGAUUAGAUAGGGUUCUGUCAGCCAGAGAUAUUUUGUAAUCACAUUCUAAUUAAUCGACCAUUGCUUUACCAUUAUUGGUACUGUAGGUACUGUCACACAAUUAAAAUGCCUAAUUUAACCAAUUUAUCUCAUUUUCCUUUGAAGAUCAUAUUCACAAUACAUCUGGUGCUCGUAACAUGGAGUACGCAAGGAAGAUGGUGUCCGCAAUCUGUAAUAUUCUACAACUUCCUAUUCUUUGUUUGUAUUUUAUGGGCUAUUCAUAAUACAGAAUCAGAUGAACCACUUCAAUUUGCUCUUUUCAUAAAUGUGCUCUCUAUACUUCUUGAUGUGAUCAUUUUAUCAGUCAACUAUUAUUUGUUCGAUACAGUUAGUACAGUUUUUAUGAUAAUAAAUUUGGUUGCCCGUCCUGUUACGAGUAUAUAUCUGCUACGAAUAGGCCAAGCAAGAAAUGGCACUUUAGCCACAGUAUUUGCACCAAGUCCUUCCAUGGGUUUGGGCCGACAAGACUAUGAAGAGAUAUCUCAUCCGAUCCCACAGAAUGCUGAUUUCGAUGGAGUUUAAAGUUAAAUGAAGUUUGCUUGAAAUAACAAUUCUGAAUAUGCAUCUUUAUUCAAUAUACAUGUUUGUAAUAUAUUUUAAAUAGCAUUUCAUAAGAUUAUUUAUUAAUUAUAUAAACAUAAAUAUUAUAAUGUUACAU